AUGACCACCGAAAACCUCUGUUUUCAACUGUUAAAACUUCCUGUUGUUGCUCGAAACCAUGUCUUAAAACUGUUCACUCCAGUUGAAUUAAUCUCUCUGUCUCUGACCAGUCGUCACACAAAAUCAAUAUGCAAGACGAUUCGUGGAGUCUAUCAAUGCAAGAAGGGAAUAGAGACAUUUGAUGUCAGACUGAAUAGCAAUCGUGACAUACGAAUGAGCUUUAAAUACUUUCCAAAGUGUGAAUGGGUGUUCCACUUUGAGAAAGAACCAAAUCGAAAAAGUUUGAUUGAGUUGGGAUUGGAUAGAAUUCCAUCGUUUGAGACUCUAAAGCAGUGGUUCAGCAGAAUUUGGUAUAUGUUUCGGGGCAAACACGUGAAUGAUCAGAAAACUGGCAGUAUGGGAAAAUCAUUGGAAGGAUUGAAGUUUUUCUCAUGGAUCCCUGUCGAGAAGACGGCUUCAUACGGUCGUGGUGCAAUUGAUCCGUCUCCAUUCCAACGCCAUACGAUGACCAUCUACUCAUCCGACAAUGUUAUUCUUCCUAUACACAAAUUGUCUCUCUACAUCGCGGAUUUAUUCAACAUUGAACUAACAUCCCUUGCUUUGAAUUACACCAAAUUCAAUGCUGAUGAAAACCGUAUGAUUAUGAGCUUAUUCGUUCUCUCUCAGAAGAAUCUCAAACUGUUUCAAUUGACAGGGAUUACCCCCACUGAUCCAUCAAAGAAUGAUGUUUUGAUUCAAAUUCUUAAGAAUCAGAAUACAGUAAGCACAAGGCUGUUGUUCAAUCCAAGUCCGAAGUUUUUCUUUGAUUUCAACAUUUGCUGUCAAUCAUUUAAAGUCAUGGAUAUUGAUUAUUCUCACUGGAUCUCUUUCAAACAAAUUUUAGAAAUGAAAACUGAAUUGUUAUAUCUUUCAAGGACUACUCUACUGGAAAACGAUUUCAAGGUGAUAGUCCAAAAAUGGAGAAAUGGAUGGACACCUUAUUGGAAGAUCGCUAUGAUUGAGUUGAACGAAGUCCUGAAUAUUGAUUCUUGUGCUGAAGGAGAAGAUUUUUUCCAAUUGGAAAAUCAGCAUUUCGUUCACAAAGACGUGAUUCGCAGAAACUGGCCAAUCGAAUUGAAUAGAUUCGAGCAACCUUUAGGAACUACAUGGGGAACUAUCAUCAGAACUGGGUACCACAUCCUAAGAGCAGAUGGAAUGAUUGCUUCGAUUGGUGUAGAAAGUGAUCGAGUUGGAUGGAUUCACAUUCAAUCUCCUAAACAUGCAAGAAUCACAUUGAGCAAUCACUUGAGAUCUUAUGAAAUAAUAUGGAACCAGUGA